GUAUAUGCCUCUUUGAUUCAUUCAAACAGCACUGGUCCAGACAGACAGACGGUCCAUACCGGUCCGACCCGGGACAAAUACCCGCUCCGACUCUCAGAAACGUGACAGAAGCUGCAGGAUGUUGAGCAAAAACACACCUGUUGACCGGGGUCAGGCCGUAGGCGCCAUCAUCUUCGUGCUCGGUCUGGGGACUCUGCUGCCCUGGAACUUCUUCAUAACGGCGUCUCAGUAUUUCAACGAGCGCCUCACACUACCUAACAUCACCGCUAAUGGCACAUCAAGUGUUCCGACUAAAGACUACAAUUAUGACAGCUGGAUGGCGUUGCUUUCCCAGCUGCCCCUGCUGCUGUUCACCCUGCUCAACUCUUUCGUGUAUCAGUGGGUGAAAGAGCGCCUCCGUGUGGCCUUCAGCCUCGUCGCCAUAUUCCUCUUAUUCACCCUCACGGCUGCUCUGGUCCAGGUCCCCAUGCAGCCGGACACCUUCUUCUCUGUCACUAUGGCAACCAUCUGGUUCAUCAACACGUUCAGUGCCGUGCUGCAGGGCAGUCUGUUCGGCAUGGUCGGCCUGUUUCCUUCUCGUUACAGCACUCUGUUCAUGAGCGGUCAGGGUCUGGCCGGGACCUUCGCUGCUCUGGCGAUGCUCUGCUCCCUCCUCAGUAAAUCCACUGGUAACGCAGAUGAAAAAUCGUCUCCGUUGGGAUACUUCAUCACUCCAUGUGUGGCCACGCUGGUGACUCUGUUCUGUUACCUGCUGCUGCCGCACCUGGAAUUUGCUCAUUUUUAUCUGAACAGAAGUCAGAAUCAGGUCGUCACAGAGAAAAAUGGUUUGAACAAAGACAUGGAGGCCAACGGGAUGACUGUCAGUGAUCCAGAGGAGAGUCAGGAACGCUCGUCUGUCUUCGCCGUCUUCAAAAAGAUCUGGCUGAUGGCUCUGUGUGUGACGUGUGUGUUCGCUGUCACCCUGGCGGUGUUUCCUGUCAUCACAGUCCGCGUGAGGACUGUUUACAAGGACAACGCUGCCUGGGAUAAAGUUUUCACCUGCGUUUGCUGCUUCAUUGUUUUCAAUGUCAUGGACUUCCUCGGCCGCAGCGCCCCGUCGAUCAUCCAAUGGCCGUCGAAGGAGAGCUCUCUGUUUCCUGCUGCCGUGUUGUCUCGUCUGGUCUUCAUCCCUCUGCUCAUGAUAUGUAACGUCCAGAACUCCAAACUCACCGUUGUCCUCAGUCACGACUGCGCCUUCGUCACCGUCAUGGCCCUGUUCUCCUUCUCCAACGGAUACUUGGCGAGCCUCUGCAUGUCCUACGCUCCACAGUUGGUGCGUUUGAAGGACUGCGAGACAGCCGGCUCUCUGAUGACCUUCUUCCUGGUUCUGGGUCUGGCAGUGGGAGCGUCGUUCUCCUUCCUGCUGGGAACACUGGUGUAGAUGACUGACAGGCUGCAGCCCACAGGGACACAUAUGACUACGUAAAACUUUAUUGACCCCUCAUUGGGAAAUUUGGUUGGAAUCAAACAAGGUGAAGAACGAACGGUGAAGUUUCAUCCGGUUAGAAGUAAAAUAUAGGUCACAAAUUAAAGCACUUUGAGUAAUGAUCAUAAGUUUGUUUACAUAUUUCCCACUUUUAGUCCCAUUACUAGUUAUGGAAAAUCUACAUGGAAAUCCAUACACACAGUUUAUGUAUUUGAAAAUCUAUUUGUACUGAUAAGAUGAGGUGAAGUUUAUUUCAACAAGGCAACUCAAAGUGCUUUACAUCAAACUUAAACAGACUUUAUAAAAACACAUUUCAAUAGGAUUUCAAUACGAUAGAACUAAAAUACAUAAAACAGGAGAAUAAAAAUGAA